ACUGACCGUGACAGCUGAAAAACAAGAGAAGAAAAAAGUUGCAACUGCAAGUAGUUUUCCGUAGAAAAUGAUGUUUUUCGUGAAAAAUACGUGAAAUUUGUGCUCGAAACUACAAAAUAUUGGAAAAUCAGCUGAUGAACCAUGGCUAGUCGGAACGAGGUGGAAAUGGAAAAGCAGUUCUUGGCUGAGCUGGAAAAAGCCAAAGCUUUGAGUCUGGAAACGUUCGAGUUGGAAAAGAUUCGCCAACAACGUUAUUCGCAGCCUGAAUCGUUGAAUAAGUCUGAUACUCGUACUCUAGCAGAGUAUAAAACGUAUUUGGAGCGGAGAGCAAAGCUUCAUCAGGGAGCACCAUCUGGUUCGAAUGACGGGCCUAAAAGUGCAAGUAAUGUUAACUUGCCCAAUGUAUCCCGGUUCAACAGUGAACCAAGAACUGACGCGCAAGGAAGUCAGUUGCCGAGAGGGAAAGGUGAGGCUGAUUUGAUAUCCUUUAUUGCUCCUCCAGCGCCUCCAAAUCCACAAGAUGAGGCUCAUAACAAUCUAAAAGAACUUGUUGAUCAGAUGCAUCGUUUGAACACUCAAAACCCCUAUGAGCAAAGUUUUAAAACGCAACGCAGUUUGAGCAUGUCCUCAGCCACUUCUUACGGAGGAUACUCGCCGGCAUAUCUCCAACAGCAGGUCGUACAAAACUGCAAUCCGGCUGCAAUGCAACUUGUUCCAUACAACCAGCAAACGGCCAAACCUAAACCACUCACUCCUGAUGAGUUGAAUCGCCUCUACAAUAUGCCAACGUAUGGAACAAUGCCUGCUGGACCACCACCUCAAGCCGGUUUCAUCGCUCAACCACAAUAUGCUCCGGUCAACUAUCCUCAAACUUCCACCACGUUCCCUCUCCAGCAGGUUCAUCCUGUUUCUGUUCCAACUAACUUCAUUCCACAACCGGUAGCACCCGUAGCUCCUGCAGCUGCUUCCGGUUUCAUUCCACAAACUCCUCAAACGAUCUAUGCUACCUCGACUGUCCCAGUGGCCAAUCCCAACUCAGCUUUGGUCCACGUACCGAAAGCCGUCAAUCCUAAACUAACACUCAACACCCGAUCUGCCUCCCAACCCCAGCAGCCAUUUCCGCCCGCUAUUCCGGGUCCAUCCAACUCCAACCCAUUUUCUCGAAACUCCCUUGGUUCCAAUCCCACCAAUAACCGGACGACCAACAGCAAUCAUAACGUGACAAGUGGCAGCAGCGGAAACAACGGCAGCAGUAGCAAUGGGGAUGUCGUCCUUCGACCAAAGAGCGAUCCCUCCAAACUGGGCGGCGGAGACAAUCUGAUCGAUUUCGGUGGAUUCGAAGACAAUUCGCGGGUGUCGGUGCUCGAGGCAUUCGAUCCGCUGCUGUGCGGAAAUCGGACCAGUUCCGGCGAUGGAAGCGACGACGACAAAGAUGAUACAGCGUCAACGUACUACGAAGAUUACGAUCCGUUCGAUUACAUCUACAGUGGAGGUACACAAUAUUCGGAUCCUGUGUACGAGGCGGUCAACCGAUCGGAUAAGACUCCCCUGUCGCCAAACAGCAGUGGUUCUGGGCCCCCACCUAUCGGAUGGAACGUCUCCAGUGCCUAUGGCUUUGGAGAGCCCGAGUUCCAAGAGGGUGAGCCUCCACCGUUACCUCCGAGAAACAGCGACCUGUAUCAUCCGAUGAUUGGCGGUGGUGGUGGGCUUGGUCCCGCCAUCACCAGCAGCAAUUAUGAAAUUAUGCAGACGCCAGCUGCGCAACGCCGAUCCGUUCCAACUAAACUGUACGAGAAUGUGGUGGUCCGAAAGAGCUACGAUAAGGAGUUGAUUGCAUUUUACAACAUGGUGAAGCAGCUAAGAGCACAAUUUCGGUAUGACGACUUGAAGACCAACGUGGGUCACGUAGUGGCCUCUGAGUUCAACAAUCACUACCCAGACGGGACCAGUAUUAAACUUUUGGUCCAUCCAUCGUUGGACUGUUUUACUUCGUUCGAUAGUCAGAACAAAGGUCAAAUCGAUGGAUAUGGACCUCCAAUUCCAUUUACUUGUGAUAUUACAACGUCGGUAGAGCACGUAAUUGCCCAAGUGUUCUGUGCUUUAGAAGGACAAAUCAUGAACAGCGUUGGAGAUUACGUACUGAAGUCAAUCGGAAUGCAGGAAAUUCUCAGCACCAGCUCGAGACUGAAUCAGUUGCAAUGUGUCCACAACAGUAUAAAAUUGGAGCAUGAUGUGCAGUUAGGACUCGUUCCGAAAUCACCUCGGAUCAUGCGAACUAUUGCUCGAACGGCUCAGGAUGAUCAUCGAGACGCGGAAAUUCGGCUGGAGCACAUUUUGCCCAAGGAAGCUACCUCUGCGGUUGGUUACGAUCAGCUCAUGAUCUUGCUCGAAACGCUAGAAGCGGAAAUCGAUAAACUCCAAUCGACGGCCGAUGACCAUAGCCCUCAUUCUAUUCUUAGCUGCUCAGGAGUAACGCAAGCUGUGAAGGCAAUUUGUGCCAUGCUGGGAAAAAUCGAUACGCUAGAGAUAACCAAAGCUGUCGAUGAUCUGAAAACGUGCUGUGAUAGUGGUCAGACGAUAUAUAGCUACAACGACUCAUCGGACUACAAUAAUGGAAGUCUGAGUAUUGUAUCGGAGAGUGGAGACUAUGCCGAAGUCAAGUUACGUCCAAGAACCAUCAGCCAGCAGAUUCGGUAUCGUUGCAACGAAGUGCGAAACGCCAUCCAGAGUUUGCUGGAAAUUUAUUCACAUGCAUUCCGUGUAACCUUCAUGGUCAAUGUGCCCGAGUGGAAUACGAAUCCAAUUCCGAUCAACAUGAUUUCCCAGUCUAUUAUGGUUAACGUGAUGUGUUUGCAUCGAAUACCUGAGCUUUGGAGGCAUGACGAGUACAAUUUGGGUGUUCAGAUCUAUCACGGAGCUCGCUAUAUCAGUGAACCUUUGGUGACGUAUUGCUCGAAUGAACGAACUGGGACUUAUCCCAGACUGACGUUUAAUUCUUGGUUGACGUUCCGUAAUGCUGUGGUUACGUUGCCACGUGAGUCCAGAUUGAUUUUUGUGCUGUAUGGCGUGACGCGGGAACCAGUCGAGGGAGACAAACAGGACGGAUCGUCGAAUGCUGAUCAGAACACGCAGGAAGGCAGAGUAACGAAGAUUGAAUUGGGCUGGUCUGCAAUUCAGUUCUUUGAUUUUGAGAGGAAAAUGAUUCAGGGUUCAUAUCUCUUGCCUCUGUGGCCGCCAACUGCGGAAAAAUACUUUGGUCCAGCGCCGGCCAAAGGAACUCAUCCUAUGGGAGAUGCCUAUCCUAUAUUGGGUAUCGAAAUUCCCAGCUACGGUGGAUCGGUCGUGUUUCCAGAGCCGAUCAAAAACAUGCCACCAGCCGUUAAGCUCGAUUUCAACAGUUUGGAUCGAAAUCUACAACAGGAAUUGAUUGACACAGCAGAGCAAGGCUAUUCCGCCGACAAACUUGAGAAACGAGAAGUUCUUUGGGAAAAGCGACACUAUCUUCACUCGUUGCCUCAUGCCUUGCCCAAAGUCCUUCAUGCAGCUCACAGUUGGGACUAUGCUUGCCUCGAAGAUCUUCACGCCUUCCUGAAAUCAUGGCCAGCAUUGACUCCCGUGCAAGCAUUAGAAUUACUCCUUCCACGCUACCCUGACUUGGAAGUUCGUCGACAAGCUGUCGAAUGGAUUUCUCACAUGCCAAACGAUGAAUUCGUUGACUAUCUGCCCCAGCUCCUCCAAGCUCUGAAACAUGACACCUACGAAGCAUCACCUUUAGCUCAAUUGUUAUUAAGUAAAUCACUGGAAUCACCACGCAUAGCACAUCACUUAUAUUGGCUACUCUUACACAGUCUGCCUGGCGACGCUCCUCAAAACAUGAUCGAAAUGGGUCAAUAUGACGAGACUCUAGUGAUUCAAGCUCGCUAUCAUCGACGAAAUCAGCUGAUGUUGCGAGCACUAAUGGCCACAUGUGGAGAAAAGCUAACAGCACGGUUUCUCUCGCAGAACAUGAUGUGUAAAAAGCUCGGAGAAGUGGCACAAAGCGUCAAAAUGACCAAAGAAUCCCAGCGAUUACAGAUUCUCAAACAAGGGCUCGAAUCGGUGAAUCAAAUGUUGAUCGACAAUCCAACAGUGCUUCCAUUGGGACCGGGAAAUGAAGUGACGGGUGUUGUGGUCCGUAGUUGCAACUACUUCAACUCGAAUACGCUUCCGCUGAAGGUCAACUUCAUGGGCCCGGACAAGGUCAUUGUUCCGGCCAUUUUCAAAAGCGGCGACGAUUUGCAGCAGGACAUGUUGACGAUUCAGAUGGUACGCAUCAUGGAUAAGCUGUGGCUACGCGAAGGGCUCGAUUUGAAGAUGGUCACCUUCAACUGUGUCCCAACGAGCUACAAAAAAGGCAUGAUCGAAAUGGUGUCGGAUUCGGAAACGCUCCGCAAGAUACAGGUCGAAUGGGGCCUGACGGGCUCGUUCAAGGACAAAUCCAUCGCCGAGUGGCUGGCCAAACAGAACCCUAGUCAAUUAGAGUACCAAAGGGCUGUGGAGAAUUUUACGCGUUCCUGCGCCGGCUACUCGGUGGCCACCUACAUUCUCGGUAUUUGUGAUAGGCAUAAUGACAACAUUAUGCUCAAAACCUCGGGACACCUGUUCCACAUAGAUUUCGGUAAAUUCCUAGGCGACGCACAAAUGUUCGGUAAUUUUAAGAGAGAUCGCACACCAUUUGUCCUGACCUCAGACAUGGCGUACGUGAUAAACGGGGGCGAUAAACCGUCGGCCAAGUUCCACAAGUUCGUCGACCUGUGCUGCACUGCGUUCAACAUUGUGCGCAAGCACGGUGAUCUGAUACUGCACAUGUUUGCCCUGAUGACGACCUCGGGCAUUCCGGGCGUAACAGUGGAAGCGGUCAACUACGUUCGCAAUGCGCUGCUUCCCGGCCAAUCCAAUCCGGAAGCGGCGGCAUCGUUUGCCAAAAUGAUUGGCAUAUCGCUCAAGUCGUGGUUCACGCAGUUCAACUUCUUCCUGCACAACAUCGCGCAGAUGAAGUUCUCGGCCGAGAAUGACGACGGAGAGCUGUUGAGCUUCGUGCCAAGGGUUUACACAAUGGCCCAGGAUGGUCGUCUGAAGUCAGUUACCGUGCACGGCUUCCAGAAGCGCUACGAUCUGGAAAAGUAUUACACCUAUAUCUUGAAGGUGACUCGCCAAAACCAACCGGAUCCAGCGUAUCUGUUUCGCUCGUACAAGGAGUUUUGUGAGUUCCAUCAGAAGCUCUGCAUUCAUUUCCCGCUGGCAAAGUUACACAGUUUACCCUCCGGCAUCCACGUGGGCCGAUCCAACGUCAAAACGGUUGCCGAGCGUCGUCUUCCAGAGAUCCGCCAGUUUCUGAUAUCCCUGUUCAACUCGGCGGACGAAAUUGCACAUUCCGAUUUAGUUUAUACGUUCUUCCAUCCGUUGCUUCGUGACCAGCAGGAAGCGGACAUCCACGCAACUAAAGUGAAAGGAAACCGCGCCAUUGCGGACGAGUACCAACAGUUGCGCGGUGAGAUUAAGUUCUCGCUACAGUACCAUCGCGAUGCACUGAUAGUGAUGAUACAGCACGCCCGAUCCUUGCCAAGCACUCCCAACAACCCAGAACCGAAUACCUAUGUGAAGGUAUAUUUGCGACCGGAUCAGUCCAAGGCGACCAAACGCAAAACCAAGGUAGUCAGGAAGAACUGUAAUCCUAGCUUUAUGGAAACGCUCGAAUACCGCCUCCCGUUGGAGUUCAUCCAGAAGAAGACGCUGGAGGUGACGGUUUGGUCGCAUGAUUCGUUGCAGGAGAAUGCAUUCCUAGGAGGUCACCGGCUGGCUCUGGCUGAACUCGAUCUGCGAUACGAAAUCAACGAAUGGUUUCCUCUGGGCUAUCUUCCGAGGUCGUAAGAGUUCUUCUGGGAGCCAUUUACUUCAAGUGCAUUUCGAAUUGAGCUUUCUUUGGUUGUUACAAAACGUUUUUAGUCUAGGGAUGGUAGUAAACAUAAGUAUCGUGGGGGUUUAGCGCCAAAAAAGAUGUAUCAAGUCAAAAGUUUUGGGUAUCAUAAGGUGGGAAACAUUGACAGGUGGACAAGUUUAAUACAAUGUGUGUUAUAUUUAUUGAUUGCAAUGCAAGAGCUUGAGCAUGGGUGGCUAUAAAUUGGUGUUUUGCAAUUAAUCAAAAUUUGUAUCUUACGGCAAUCGCUUAUCUAUUUUCAAUCGUGUUCAAAAAUUGAUGUUUCCCUCACAAUGGGUAGACUCGGAUAGUUCGAGUUUUUAGCAAUCGUGAUAGGCGCACUGAGCAGAAAAUUAAUACAUUCGAUUACUAUAACUAAUAUUAUUGUUAGCGCCAGUACCAGCAGAGUAUAUGUAUAUGUUUGUGUUUGCUUGCUGCUGAUUAUAUAUUUUUUAUAUUCCCUUCUGAACAGUCAUCUGGCAUGUAAAAGGAUUGUCACAAAAUAGAAAGAGGGAGAGAGUUAUAGGCUUGAAAAUGUUAAUCUGCAUUUCGAAGCAGAUUUUUCAGAUUAUUUGCAGCAAACGUAUUAAUUUUAUUGCCCCAUAUGGAUGAUACAGGUACACCUGAAAGCAGAUAGAUGUAUCUCCGGAUAACAUAGCAAGAACAAAAAUCCUAAGAAAUAUAUUGGGGUUUCCAAGAAAACGCA